CUCCGCGCACCAGCUCACCUUGGCCAUGAGCAGCGCGGCCCGCUCGGAUCCAGCGGAGGCGCCCGAGGAGCGGCGUUUCCUCAGCACUGCGGAGGCGGCCGCCCUGGAGCGCGAGUUACUGGAGGAUUACCGCUUUGGGCGGCAGCAGCUGGUGGAGUUGUGUGGCCAUGCUAGUGCGGUGGCUGUGACCAAGGUGUUCCCCUUGCCUACUCUCUCCCGGAAGCAGAGGACAGUGCUGGUCGUGUGUGGCCCGGAGCAGAACGGGGCGGUGGGGCUGGUCUGUGCGCGGCACCUGCGGAUGUUUGAGUACGAACCGACCAUCUUCUACCCUACACGGUCACUGGAUGGGCUGCACCAGGACCUGACCACUCAGUGUGAGAAGAUGGACAUCCCCUUUCUGUCCUAUUUGCCCACGGAGGUCCAGCUCAUCAACGAUGCCUACGGGCUGGUGGUGGACGCCGUGCUGGGCCCUGGCGUGCAGCCAGGAGAGAUCGGGGGCCCCUGCACGCGGGCGCUGGCCACACUCAAGCUGCUGUCCAUCCCCCUUGUGAGCCUGGACAUUCCCUCAGGCAUGCCAGGCUGGGACGCGGAGACCGGCGGCGGCGACGGCGAGGAUGGGCUCCGGCCCGACGUGCUGGUAUCGCUCGCCGCGCCCAAGCCCUGCGCCGGCCGCUUCUCCGGCCGCCACCACUUCGUGGCCGGCAGGUUCGUGCCCGACGACGUGCGCCGAAAGUUCGCUCUGCGCCUGCCGGGAUACACUGGCACCGACUGCGUCGCGGCGCUGUGA